AUGGCACAUGAGGCUGAUCAAGAGUUAAAGAAGAAAGGAAGUGUGAGAAAAGGUUAUUUGAAGGUGAUCGAUUAUCCUAUGUUUUCUACGGGCGUAGAUGUACUUCUAACCUUAGAAAGGAUAUGGGUAGAAACUAAAAAAUUAAACAAAGUAAAGGAACUAUGUGAAGGCACACAAUACGGGUGUAACUACGAUUACAAGUGGAACAAACAACUUGGUCCCCUUGUAAGGGUUCUAUGCUUCUUCGUAGAAGAGGACCAAUGA